AUCAUUUUAAAGAGUUCUUGAUUUCUUUAAAAUUAGGUUUUCGUGACUUUUUGUAAUUUUUGUUUGUUAUCUCAAACACUUGAUCUCGAUCAAUUUCAGUCGGUCUCCUAACCCUCCAUGCAUGACAAAUUCAGUGAUAAAUUUAGUAAAGAGAUAACAAAUGAGACGUACGAGGUUACUUGGCAAUUUCUACAAAACCAAUAUUUAUGUCGGCCAUAGUUAAUAUUUAAUAUUGUCACCGUACUUUAUAAACUUCCACUGCCCCCAAAAGUUUGUCUUUUAUCAAUGGAAAGAGAACAAGAAGAGUCUACGAUGCGAAAGAGAAGGCAGCCACCUCAAGAAGAAAUGGCUAGCCACGUGGCUACAAGGAAGCCGUACAGAGGGAUACGGAGGAGGAAGUGGGGCAAGUGGGUGGCUGAGAUUCGUGAGCCUAACAAACGUUCACGUCUUUGGCUCGGCUCAUACACAACCGAUGUCGCCGCCGCUAGAGCCUACGACGUCGCCGUCUUCUACCUCCGUGGUCCCUCCGCGCGCCUCAACUUCCCCGAUCUUCUCUUACAAGAGGAGGACCACCGAUUGGCCGCCGCCACCGCGGACAUGCCCGCAGCUCUUAUACGGGAAAAGGCGGCGGAAGUCGGUGCUAGAGUCGACGCUCUCCUUGCAUCCGCCGCUCCUUCGACGGCUGACUCCUCUCCGCCGGGCUCAAGAAUCUCCCGAGCCGGUGAUCAUGGUUGUGAGAGUACUAUGCCAAUCUGGAUCUUGCCGUUGGUGAAGUAGACGUCCUGCAACUUCCGACCAUAUCAUGGAAGAGAAGGGACACGCAAAAACAGGUGAUCACGGUUGUUCAUGUCCCCAGCUUCGCAUACGCAUCCCUGUUGCAAGUCGAUCACACACUGCUAACCAAGUGAUGAACCCACAUCGAGGUAUACCUUGUUUGAACCAAACUACUUUACUCCAAUCUUUUUGAGGAGAAUGGCUUCUAAGUUGAUCCCACUUAUGUUUUGGUUGAGAAAAUAUGUUUGUAAUCAUCUUGGCUAAGCCUCCAUGCCUCCAUAAAUAAAUAUCCGGACCAUUGGAUGAAGUGGGUAGGGGCUGAGCGCGUAGCUGCUCAGUGAUCGGAACCGUGUGCGCUACUCUCGUCCUCCGCACCCUCCAGCCAUGUUGGCCUAAAGCUUCUUUAACUGUAGCCGUAAUUGAGAUCCCUAGGAAUCUCGGCCCUGCUUCAUCCGUGAGGUCUAUGAGCCUCCCCAUAGGGAGCCAGUGAUCCAGCCAAAAUGAAACGGAGACACCAUCAUUCACCUCUGCCCGUAGAAAUGUUCGUAUUUCAUCUCUUAGCUUUAGUAAUUUCGGCCAUAUCCAUGAACCCAGAGUUGUAUCGACACAAGAAAACAUUUUUUCUAUUAUGAUCAAAACUAACUUUUAUUUUAUAAAAUA